AUGUUGUCCCUCCCCGAGUAUGAGGUGCCUGAGGUUGCACGAGGUGCCACCGACUGCGCUUACUGCUCGGCCUCGGCCAGCAUCGCAAUACCAUGCCUGGCUGUGGAUAAUGGCGUGAGAGGGACGUGUCGGGCAGCCAAACGAACAUGGUACACGGAAGGCUACCCGAGCAGGAUCGGGUUCUUGGCCGUGGUUUUCUUGGGCCUGUACAUCAUCGUGUAUUCCCCAGGCAUGGGGAGCGUGCCGUGGAUAAUAAACUCAGGAGAUAUAUCAGCUCGAGUACAGGGGUCUUGGGGGAGGGAUUGCGGCAGGCUGCAGUUUGCAGAGGUGGAGAAGAUGUUGGAGAAAGGUUACUCUCCCUUCAGGAAGAGGGAGGAAGAAUCCAAAGAUGGCGACGGCCAUUAA